ACUGACCUUGAAAUAAAUGGCGGUCGAACUAGUUCCAGAUGCUCCGUGGUAUUUUGGAGAAAUAAGCAGAGAAAAAGCUAAUGAAAUUUUAAUUGAUCAGCCUGUUGGAACAUUCUUGAUACGUGACAGUACUACAAAGUCAGGUUACGUACUUGCGAUAAAAGAGGCGAACGAAGUCAAGCGUUACCUACUUACAUGGGCACCUCAACUGAAAAAGUUCAAGUUCGGCGACACUCUUUAUUCUUCCCUCGAUGAGUUGGUUAGACUUCAUACUUCACACUCUUCGAGUACGCGUAUGAGACAGCCAGCUCAAAAGGCUACUUAUGCUGCUUUAUAUUCAUUUCAAGCACAGGAAGAGGGAGAUUUGUCUUUUCAGAGGGGAGAUUUGUUAACGUUUAUAAGACAAAAGCGGGAGUGGAUUCUAUGUAAAUCAGGUGAUAACCGUAUCGGUUGGGUUCCUUCAAAUUAUUUAACUCCGUUUACACCUGAAAUUGUUGCUAGAUUAAAGGGUCUUGGUGACCAACUUGGAUUGACCUAUUGUCAUAUGCUGAAAUCUGUUCAGUUACCAGCUACUGGAAAGGUUGUAAGGGCUAGAAAUCCCAGUAUCUUCGCAACAAAUCACUUGAAAGUGGAGUGCGAUGAUGAAGUUCAAAUUAGGAAACUACUUCCUGAUGGAUUCUGUGAGGUCUGGCGAGAACGUGAUCAAGUUGGCGGCUUAGUACCAAUUAAUUUCCUUAAGAUUGAAUGUAAUUAAUAAAUAGUAAUCAUAUUUUGACUAUAAUUCAUUGAUGAGGUUGUGAUUUAAUUUCAUAAUGUUCAAUUACACUUUUCUGAAACUUCUAUAUUUUUCAGUCGUACUUAAUAUAUGUUUGUUUGCUUUUGUAACAAUAGACUGUUUGAAGUGGUAUACAAAUAUUUUUAUAUGAGUAUGUUUACAGGAAGGUCAGUGCAUGCAUACAAAACAUAUUCUUAUUGGCCCUAGUGUCAAGGCAAGUUUUCAUUCUUAUUUGUCUUAGCUUGACUUGACAUACAACAGAUUUCAAGUACUAAAUUAUUCAAGUCCCUGAACAUGUAUUACAAUGAUUUACGGAGUUGUUUUGGAUUUAAGUUGUAUUGAAUUUGACGGUAUCUUAAUAAGGUUUGCGAGACAAAGCAAAUUAAUGAUUGAACAUACAAAGGAAAUCUAACCUCUAUUUGGUUACUGUUUUCUAAAGUGUGCAAGAUCUAAUAAAUAUACCACUGUUAGCGAAAUCGUUCAGCUAGCCAUAAGCGAAGUUAAUAAUCUAUGGUAUAAACGCAUAAGUAAAGUGCGUAUUUUCCCACUUAAAAUAAAGUGCAGCUAUGUAGAAUCUCUAAG